AUGCACCAUACCGACAUUACAUCCGCAAUUCAGCAUAAGUCUGUGCAACACACAUAUACAUGUCUCCUGUAUUGCUUCCUUCUCUCUGCAUCUUCACUCGAUAGCACGCCACUCCAUAAUGAACCUAACACGGACCUUCAGACCCUCCUGUGUCUGAAGAACCAUGUCUCCGGCCCUCCCGGGCUACUAGCCUCAUGGAAGAAUGAUUCCCUCCAACACUGCAGCUGGGCUGGUGUCAGUUGCAGCAAGAGACAUGCGUCUCGUGUUGUUGCACUGAACCUCGAGUCCUUCGAGCUCAAUGGCCAAGUACCUUCCUGCAUCGCUAAUCUUACAUUCCUUGCAAGGCUGCACAUGGCAAAUAACCAGCUCAAUGGUCAAAUCCCAACUGAGCUUGGACAACUAAAUAGGCUGCAGUACCUCAACCUCAGCUCGAAUGAUCUUAGCGGUGUGAUUCCAAGCACCAUAUCUUCAUGCUCUAGACUUCAGAUCAUCGAUCUUGGAGGAAACGCUCUCCAAGGUGAGAUUCCUUCAAGCUUGAGCCAAUGUUUAAAUCUUGAGAAGCUCAUAUUGCGGCAAAAUGGCUUCAGUGGUGUUAUUCCAGAAAGUCUGGGGAUGCUCCGCAAUCUUUCACUUUUGCAUCUUGCUCAAAAUAGUCUAAGUGGCGAAAUUCCGCUUUCACUCGGAUACAGACCUUCUCUUAGAGCUGUUGUUCUUGCAAACAAUAGACUUACCGGACCAAUCCCACCUUUCCUAUCUAAUAGUUCAUCACUUGAAUAUCUGGACUUAACAGAGAACAGUCUUGGUGGAGUGAUUCCUUAUGCUCUGUUAAAUAGCAUGUCACUCAAAACAAUUGCCCUUGGAUUGAACAAUUUUGUUGGGCCUAUACCAGAUUUGUCGCAACCCAACUCUCCCUUGCAGUAUCUCAUUUUGCAAUCAAACAAUCUUAUUGGACCUAUACCUUCCUCUUUAGGGAAUUUAUCUUCCCUUAUCUGGCUUUCUCUUGGAAACAACAGUUUUGAAGGUAUCAUCCCGGCGAGUAUCAGUAAAAUUCCAAACCUUCAAUUACUGGACCUGACUUACAAUCUGUUGUCAGGAACUGUCCCAGCCUCUAUUUACAAUAUGUCAGCGCUCACAUACCUUGGCAUAGGCAGGAACGGCCUUGUGGGGGAAAUUCCACAUAGCAUUGGCUACACUCUUCCAAACAUCCAAACCUUGAUUUUGGGAGGAAACCAAUUCCAUGGCGAAAUCCCAGCUUCACUGGCCAACGCAACAAACAUUAUGGUGAUAGAUCUAGAGUACAAUGCAUUUUCUGGAACUAUUCCUUCUUUGGGUUCAGUACCCAACUUGGAGAAACUGAAUCUUGGCACCAAUCAGCUCGAAGCAGGAACAUUGCCAAGUUCCAUUGGUGCUCUUCCAAAAAGCUUAGAGGUUUUGAUUCUGUACGGGAAUAGCAUAUCUGGGAAUAUACCAGUAGAGAUAGGAGGCCUCACAAACCUUACGAGCCUCUACAUGGAAAGGAAUCUGUUUACUGGAAGCCUCCCAGACACAAUCGGGAAUCUUUCAAGGUUAUCUGGAUUAAGCCUAUCACAGAACAAACUUUCUGGACAAAUUCCGCCCUCAAUCAGUAAUCUAAGUCAACUGAAUGACCUCCUUUUACAGGACAAUGAUUUUAGUGGGCCAAUCCCAGAAGCUUUAGGAUACUGCAAAAAUUUAGAAACUUUGAACCUCUCUUGCAACAGCCUUGAUGGUGGCAUACCAAAGCAGCUUUUUACUCUUUCCUCCCUUACUCAAGGUUUGGAUUUGUCCCACAACCAACUCUCUGGACAAUUACCAUUUGAGAUUGGCGGCUUGAUCAAUCUCGGCCUGCUCAAUAUUUCCCAUAACCAGUUGUCUGGACAAAUUCCAUCCACCAUAGGCCAGUGUGUCCACUUGGAGUUCCUCCACAUGGAAGGGAACCUUCUUGAAGGAAAAAUCCCAGAAUCAUUUGCGGAAUUGAGAGGCAUCAUCGAGCUAGAUCUGUCUCAAAACAAUCUUUCUGGAGAAAUACCUGAAUUGUUUGAGUCCUUCAGCUACUUGAACCUCCUCAAUUUGUCCUUCAACAACCUUGAAGGUCCAGUACCCACUGGUAGGAUAUUUCAUAACAAAAGUGUGGUGUACAUUCAAGGGAACAAGAACUUAUGUGGGAGCAGUCCCCUGCUCCAAUUGCCACUUUGUGAUGCGAAGGCCUCCAGACAAAACCGCAGUUCCAAAAUUCUGAAGGUACUAGGAUUGAGUGCUCUUUCUUUGCUCCCAUUAUCAUGCUUAUUAGCAGCCAUCCUUUUGAAGAAGAGGAGCAAAGUCAAACGAGCAGCUCAUCCAUCCUGCAAGGAAUUGAAAACUUACUCAUAUGCUGAUUUGGUCAGAGCAACAAAUAAUUUCUCCUCAUACAACUUGGUCGGUUCAGGAAUAUCCGGAUCAGUUUACAAAGGUAGAUUUGAGUCUGAAGAACAUGCAGUUGCUAUUAAGGUUUUUAAACUUGAUCAACUUGGCACACCAAAGAGCUUCCUUGCUGAGUGUGAGGCACUGAGGAACACUCGUCAUCGUAAUCUUGUAAAGGUGAUUACUGCAUGCUCAACCUUUGACCCAUCAGGACAUCAGUUCAAAGCUCUUAUCCUUGAAUAUAUGCCUAAUGGUAGCCUAGAGAGCUGGCUCCAUCCAAAUUUGAGCAAGUAUGGGUUGGAAAUACCAUUAAGUUUUGCCUCCAGAAUAACAAUAGCAACAGACAUAGCUUCUGCUUUGGAUUAUCUGCACAACUGUUGCAUGCCUCCUGUAGUCCAUUGUGAUUUGAAGCCCAGCAAUGUCCUUCUUGAUGAUGUCAUGGGUGCACGUCUUGCUGACUUCGGGUUAGCUAAAUUUCUUCAAAGUUUUAGUCAUUCAUGCCAUCAUAGUUCUACAAGCUUACUGGGACCAAGAGGAUCAAUUGGAUACAUUGCACCAGAGUAUGGAUUGGGGAGCAAACCCUCAACGGAAGGCGAUGUCUACAGCUAUGGAAUUAUUAUGUUGGAAAUGCUUACAGGAAAGCGUCCAACAGAUGAGAUGUUUACUAACGGUUUGAACCUUCACAGAUUUGUGAGCAAUGCAUUUCCUCAAAAAAUUUGUGAGGUUCUAGACCCGUGUAUCGUUCCAAUUUCUGAGUAUGGUGACGUGGACUACAAUUUGGACCAUGGAAAUAAUGCAAUAGCUGGUGCAGAAAGCUGCAUCGUGCAUCUUAUGAAACUCGGUCUCUCAUGCUCUAUGGAGACACCAAAAGAUCGACCAGCAAUGCAGGAUGUUUAUGCUGAAGUCAUCACAAUCAAAGAAGCAUUUGCAGCGCUACAUAUUGUUGAAUAA